GCGUCGGCCACGUCAUCGCGCUCUCGUCAACGCGCCGUGUGUGCGCCGCGCCGCAGCCGCGAUAUGCAGUGAAAGGAGCGGCGAGCUUUUUCUGGCCUGCUCUCCCCGACCGGCCCGCAGCAUCUCGAGCAGCCAGCCUCCGCAGAGUGAGUGCGUCGGUGUGCCUAUGUGAGAGUGAACGACCUCGCUGCCGCCGAACGACCGACGAGCGCACGGCCCAGAGAUGCGGGGCUCCGGGCAGGAGUCGUCGACGCCGUACUGCCGCUGCCGCGUGCUCUACCUCGGCAGCUCGGUGCCGCACGCCAGCAAGGAGGGCCUGCUCGGCAUCCAGGAGCCGCUGCGCGAGCUCUACCCGGAGCAGGGCGCCCUGGGGGCCCGCGGCAUCGACUCCUGGCUGAGCGUCUGGAGCAACGGCCUGCUGCUGGAGAACGUGGACGAGCACCGCAAGAAGGUCACGCGCUUCUUCCCCAUCGAGUCGCUGCACUACUGCGCGGCGGUGCGCCACGUCAAGGCCGGCCCGAGCAGCGACGCCACGGCCACGCGCUUCUUCCCGCUGGACUCGCCGUUCGCGCGCACGCCCAGCGCCAACCACCCGCCGCUCUUCGCCGCCGUGCUGCGGCGCACCACCGGCAUCAAGGUGCUCGAGUGCCACGCCUUCAUCUGCAAGCGCGACAUGGCGGCCAACGCCCUGGUCCGCUGCUGCUUCCACGCCUACGCCGACAGCCGCUUCGCCAGGGGCCUCGAGCCCGGCUGCAACGGCAGCGGCAACGGCGGCGCCGCUACGCCCACCAACGGCCACCAGCAGCUCAGCAACGGCCAGAGCAACGGCCAGAGCAACGGCCACCACCAGCCCCAGUCGGCCGGCAGCCUGUACCACACGCUCGGCGGCUCGAGCACCACGCUGGCGGACAACAACGGCGGCUCGCCGGUCUCCAAGCUGGAGACCGGCUCCAACGACGACGACUCGAGCAGCCUCUACAACGGCGACGAGAACCACAAGGUCUGGGCGCGCGGCCGCGACGAGAUCGACGGGCUGUACCAGGAACAGGGCACGCUGCGCAGCACCAAGGGCUCACGGCCGCGGCAGCUGAUCGCGCCGCCGCCGCCGCCGCCGCCGCCGCCGCCCGCGCAGCCGCUGCUCGUGCCCGAGGAGACGCCCUCGCGCAAGAAGGCCGCCAAGAAGCUCAAGAAGAUCAAGAGCCGCAGCGACGAGCCGCACCACUUCGCGGCGCAGCAGCUCGUGUACGCCAACGGCCACCACCACACGCUGGGCCACCCGCCGGCGAGGCCGCCCCCGCCGCACGGCUACCCGCACCCGCCGAGGUCGGUCGCCGGCACCCUGGCGCGGCCGGCACCGGUGCUGCUCGUGCCCGCGGCCACGCUACCGCGCAAGGCGCACCACCACCCGCGGGGCAUCAGGCCGAUCCCGGCCGCCGCGCCGAUCGUGCCGAUAUACGCGCCCCUGCCGCCGCCGCCGCCGCCCUCCACCGUCUACUACGGCACCACCGGCAACCGCGGCCGCCGUCACCACCAAGACCCGGCCCUGGACUCGUCCACUCUGGGCAUGCACUCGCGGCGAAUGGCGGCCUCGCACGUCGACCUCACGGCCGCCGAGCAGCCGCGCAACUCCGACAGCCCGGACAACGAGUCGCGCUUCGGCACGGGCAUCUAUCGGCGCAAGGGCCACCUCAACGAGCGCGCCUUCUCGUACAGCAUUCGCGCCGAGCACCGCAGCCGUAGCCACGGCAGCUUGGCGUCGCUCGGCUUUCAAAAUGGUGGUCCAGCGGUCAGCAAGGAGGAGGCCAAGAAAGAUCGCGAGAUCGCCCAGAUGGUCGCUGGUCUGAGCAUCGAUGACGCAGCUGCGGCGCAGCAUAUCAUGAAGAACGGCAAUGGUCACGCCAUCUACCAUCACCAGCAGCCCUUACCCAGGCCGAGGCGCUAACGGUGCAGCAGCAGCAGCACCAGUACCAGCAACCCACAGAAAGAGCAACGAUGGAAUGCUUAUAUAGGCACUCUCGCGCGCCUUCUCUUCCCCCCCCCUCUCUUUCUCGGGGAUAACGGCUUCGUUCGCAAGUGUACGUGUAUUGUGUGUGUGUGUGUGUGUGUGUCUGAGAGAGCUGACUCUGUGGAUGGAUGUUUGGAGAACCGAUAUUUGUCUAUUUUUUUAUUUUUUUUUUAUUUUUACUGUGUCGUUAAGCUAAUUCUCCCAUACUCGAACCAAUGUUCCCGGGCUGAUAUCGAAAAACGAAUUUGAAAACUGCAAUCCUGUACUUACUUCGAAGACCUGCGUCUCUAGACGAGACGAUAAUCCGAAAAUGCAAAAUAGUCUUGUAAACGCAUUUAUAAUGUACGCAUACUUUUACUUUCAAGUAACUAUUUAGAUGAAAAAUCGAGCGAGCAAUGACUGAGACGCCGUGUAUUGUUUUUUUGUUAGUGUUCUCCUAUAGAUCGGCGUUGCGAAAGAGAGAAAGGUGAAUCUCCUCGCUCGGCUUACCGAUAAUAGUGCGAAAUAAUUGAAGUGACGUAAGCCUUCUUCGCCGCGCAGCGCGUCUCGAUAAUCUCGGCGUCUAGCGUGCCAGUUUUUUUUUUUUUUUUUUUUUUGAAGUGUGUAUACAAAGUGCAUUUAAGAUGUAAGUGCGUGCGAACAGUAUUCAAAGCUCAAUGUGUCCCGCGCAAGGCCAUAUAUAUAUACAUAUAUAUACAUAUAUAUUAAAAUGACGUUUUAGAAAGGAGCGACUUUCGAAUCAUGCGCGCGGUCGCGAGAUAUUUCUCCCUUUUUUGUGUUUACACAUGUAUUUUGCACAAAGAAAAAACAAAUAUUACGCGGAAAAAAUUCAAUGGGAAACCCUGAAAUGUGCCAUUCGGACGUUUCGAAUAGACUCCAACGAAAGAUUUUUUUCUUGUUUUAGAUUGUUAAGAACGUGUUUUUUCUCUUUUUAUUGCAUUUUUCAUGUUUAAGGAAUAUUAUACUUGCGUUUUGUAUAGCCAAAAUCAAGACAACUUAUAAUUUUAGCGAACGUUGAUAUUGAACGUUGAUGCCAAUGAGAUUGGAAAGAUAUAGAGAAAACAUAUGUUGUUUUUAUUUUCUCGUUACGAGUAGUAUCUCAUACCCGUGACUAAUCUUUUUCUUCGUUAGAUUAACAAAGGUAUAUCCCCAGUUUGUAGACUUUAAAGCGAAUUUCAAAAGAACGAUACUAGUUAUUCCUUGGCAAUGAAAAAUAUCGUUAUCGAGUUAUCGAAUCAUACGCGAACGAGUCCUCUUUAUUAAUAUAAUAUACUUCUUUUUCUCGCCUACCUUUAUUACGAUGAUUUCCUGUUUAUAUAUGUAUCUCUCUCACUUUUGUAUUGAUUUGCGGUGAGGCUUGACUGAUGAGUCGCGUGCCGAGAAUCAAAAAUGAGAUGAGAAAAAACCGCAACGUAUGUGCCUGCAAUUUCAUGUCCUUUUGCCCUUAUUCCCCCUUGUUCUUUGCAUGUGUUAGCGAAACGCUUGUAUAUUUAAUUAAAUAAAAUUAAAAUAAUGAAACCAUGUUACGACAAAAAAAUAUAAAUACUGAAUAUAAAGUGAAAGUAUAUAUGUUAUACAUACGUAGCUCUUGUCGUGUCAAAGCUCAUGCAAAGACAAUCUAUACAUGUGAAUAUACUGUAAAGGUCUUUGUGAAAGCAAUAAAUAUGAUAUAUGUACAUAAGCAACUAACAUGUGACUUGAAUUAUUUAUUAUUCUUUUAUCCAAGCUUAUUUU